AAAGGAAUGGGAAAUUUAAAACAGUUACAAAUACUAGAAAAUGUGGAUAUUAAGCGAAUAAGUAGAAAAGCAAUUAAAGAGCUAGGGGAACUAACUCAGCUGAGGAAGUUGGCUGUGACAGGGGUAGGGGCCUCCAAGAAAAAGUGCAAGGCAUUUUGUGAGGCUGCAGAGAAGUUGUCCUCCCUCCGUUCCCUCAACGUGAGUUCUAGGGAGCUGAAUAAAGAAGCUGAGCUGGAUAUGUUUGUUUCUUGGACAUCCCCUCUCCCUUCUCUUUUGAGCCUCAAAUUGAAAGGGCGCCUUCAGGAGAUACCUUCUUGGGUCGCUAAAUCUGUGAAUUUGGUGAAGAUUGAGCUGAAAUAUUGUGGUCUCAAGGAACUGGAGGCCUUGGCUGAACUGCCCAACCUGAUGCAAGUUCGUAUUUAUGGUGAUGCAUACAAUGAGAAGUUAGUGUUCCACAAGCAUGCAUUCUCAAAGCUGAGGAUCCUACACCUAGAGCUUCAUCAUGCACUGAGGGAGGUGACAUUUGAAGAGAGCGCCUCACCGAACAUGGAAAGUAUAACGAUCUUAUAUUGCAAGCUGACAUCAGGGAUCAAUGGUAUCAAGUACCUUCCAAAACUCAGGGAGAUUAAUGUUCGACAUUGUAGACUGGCGAAGCAAGAUAUGUUACAAGAGGAAGCGGGCAAACACCCGAAUCACCCUGUGCUGCAAAUGGUGAACUGUGAUCCUGCUAACACUGAACAGUCUGCGGAGCUACCAACACGAGCUAAACAGCAAGCGCAGAUACCACUGCGACUUGGCCCGUAUCUUUCCCGAAGCAGCAGGUGUUGGACCACUUUCUCGCCGGCAAUGCCUGACUCCGGCGACCGUGCGGGUGCCCGGCCGGUCGGCCCGACCCCAUCGCCACAUCGCAACGUUCUCCGCGUGUCCUGACCCACUCGCUGCUGGCCGUAGCCUCCUCCCUGACGGUCGUCCUAAAUCGACUCGCCGGCAACCCCAGACGUCCUCACCAACCGCCAGUCCUCGACCUCCGCAAUGACUGACGGAUUCGAAAGAUCUCGCCGCAAUUCAUUGUUUCACACAGGCCCGCACAACAAAAAUUGAGGUCGCCGCAACUCACGUGAAUCGAUUUGCCCCCAAACGGUCUCGACCUGCGAGAAGUUUUGUUUUGAGAUGGAUCUCUGUGAAAAUAAUUGCUGGUGAAAAACGAUUACCCCACAUUUGGAUCCUAGAAUUGGAGCCGGAAUUUCGGAAUUGGAAUUGGCCCCAAUUCAACAAUUCAAUUCGGCUCUUUGGUUGCUUAGAAGCUGUAGAAUUGAAUUGACCUACCAAUUCCGUGGAAUCCCAACCCAACUAAAACGCCCGCGAUUCCGCUCGUGAGGCCUCUGAAAUCGCUGGAAUUCGCCCGCCCUCUGCACUCGUGACCUCCCGCAACCACCCGCCCCCGUGCUCGACCCCGUAGAUCCGGCGCCGCCACCGCUGCUGCCGGACCAGCCGUGCUCCGUUGCCGAAGCCUCCGCCAGUGCUCCGUUGCAGAUCCGGCACCGCCGCCGCUACCCAUCCUCCACUGCCGCAGGAAGCCGAGAGACCGUCGUCCCCCAAGAAGCCAAUGGGAUUGAGUCCCCCUUGGAAGCCGGUGCUGAAGGUCGUCCCUUAGGAAGCCGAUGCCGUGGUAAUGCUCCCGCCAGUCCUCUUCACCUCCCUCCAAUGCCUUGUUUUGGGUUAAAAAUGACCAGAUCUCCCUAUAUGUGGUACGAAUCAUUGAUUGAAACUGUUGAUUAAGAUGUCCGUGUUUUUUAAUCAUCAACUACAAUUUCUAUGUGUCACUGCUUCUAAAAUGGCUCCAUGUAUCUAAACUUGAGCCCUUGCAGCUAUCAUGUGCAGUUCAGAGAUGAGAAAAAUGCUUGUUUGUUUUGUUCUUGUGAAUAUGUGUCUGCUUGCACAAUGGUUCUGCAGUUAACCCUCUGAAGCUUGUUUGCUGCAUUAAUCAAGCAGAAAAAGAUAGAUUGGGCAUUGGACUCCAUGAUGCUAAAUCCUCCUACUGCAGAAAAAGAUAUAUUGUCUCAUUUGGUGAGUAGUGAACUGUUAGCUCAUUACUCUAGCUGAUGAAGUUGGGGGACAGUCGACGGAAUAAUCUUUAUGCUACAAGUAUUCUCAUAUCCCUCUUCCUUGCAUUGAAGUGUUACUCUUUCCAUGAAUCCAAGUUAUUUAUGGUUUCUGGUUGAGCUCCUGAUGUUUAAAUUUUAAAAGACCAGUUGUCCAGUUUAGUACUAUAGAUACUGGCUGAGUCUAAAUCUGUGUACUUUGUUAGGUUGAACUGGAACAGCCAACUGAGCCACAGCUCACGUGAAUCGAUUUGCCCCCAAACGGUUCUUGACAUGCGAGAAGUUUCGUUUUGAGAUGGAAUUGCUGGUGAAAACGAUUAAAGAAAUUGAUGCAAAUGCUGUUCUUCCAGCUAAAGUUGCGGGCCUGUACUUUAUAGCGCAUCAAAUUGUGCGAACAAGAUCUUUCCAAAUUGUGCCAGCAAGAUCUUUCCAAAUGUGGUCAAAUUGUGCGAACAAGAUCUUUCCAUUUUAAAGCAUCAAAUUUCCACAUUCUGUUGAUGACAGCAUGCCAAUGCGGUUAGAUGUGUUGACAAGUAGAGCUGGCCAAGUGGGCCUGACGGGCCGGCCCGGCAGGAGCAUGCCUAGGCAUGGCCCGGUUAGGGGCACGGCCCGUCAAGCCCGGCUACCUAAACGGGCAAUGCCGUGCCGGCCCAUGUGCCCACGGCACGGCCUGUGAGACACCAGGCCAGGCCAGGCCAGGCACAGAUAAGGCACGGCGGGCCUGGCUUGGCCCGUUUCUGAAAAUUCCCCCGAAAAUAAAAAAUUCAAAUAAUCAAGAAAAAUUAUGGAACAUAGCAACAUCAAAAGUAGCCCAACCGAUAUCUGUCGGAGUUAAAGGGUUCUUCUGAAUUUUAGUCUGAACAACACCUUGAGGAGGUUCUAGAUCUGAAUCGAAGUCAAUCAGAUUUUCUGACACAUAAUUUAGCAUCCUGCAUGCUUCUAGGUCUGGGGUCAUUGGUCGUCAGAGAUGUCAAAAUCAGACUUUAGCCAUUAAGCAUAAAUUGACAAGGGCAGAAUCACAUGGCGUUAGGAGUCAUGGAGUGGACUAAUGCUAUUUUGUUUCCAAUUUUAACUUUGUUUCUUUUGACACAGGUACUGUCUGGACUCUGAAUAAGGAAAAUUCUCAAUGGUUAUGGAGAAAUACAAAUUAGGAACGUGCCGUGACGGGCAUGGCCUAAUUGUGCCGUGCCAUGCUCGGGCCGGGCCGAAAUCCCCGUGCCUCGUACCGGCCCAUUUGGCCCGGCCCACUUGGCCAGCUUUACUAACAAGUGACAAUAUUCAGUAUCAUGUUACAGUGUUUUCAUUACUGAGUGUGUUUGUUAGAUCCAAGAUGGGGAAGAUGAUAGUAAAUCAAUGUUCUUUGAGAUUGAAAAAAGUAUUCUGCUAAGAUCAACCAGAACAAUAAAAUAUGGUUAUUCCGAAAGAGGAUAUAUUAUGAGAAUUCAAAUAUUUGUUUUGGAGUAUAGCUCUAGGGAAGUGGAGUGGUUAGAGAAUGGAUAAUCAAGGGAAUGAUGAAUAAUUAAAGAACAGUCAAUUGAGUUGAAGGUUUGCUUUGUGCGCCAUUCUUUGCUUAUUGGCAAUGGUUUUGGUUGUAACUGGCAAUGUUUAAUUGCGAAUCAAUAACGUAACACAGCAGGUCAAGUUAGUUAUUAAACUCUUUUUCAAGUACUAGUGUCACAUGAUCAUCUGAUCAGGUAUUUGUUUGAACUGCAAAGUUUAUAUUUCUUAGUGCUCAACUAGACAGUUUUGCUAAGCUGAAUGUGCAAGAGGCCUCUGUUGUGUGCUAGAUAAAUUUAUUCUUCGCUUAGUUGUAUGGACUAAUAAAUUUGGGUUAAGAGGGCACCUUGAUUUAUUCCUGGAAACAGUGCAUGCUGUUUAACAUUGUUUCUGACUUCUUUUACUGGCUCUGUCAUACUGCAGGAUCAUCAGUCUCCAGCAGUCCAGCGAUUUCCAUGUACCGUCUGCUUGAUAUGAACUGGAGAUGAAUUCAAAAUAGUGUGCUUUCAUAAACAAAAAAAAAAAAGGAAAGAGCGUCACAUCCAGAAACAUGAUCAUUGGAGGAGUAACUGGCUGUUUACGCAGUUUGGUAGAUGAAGCUCUGAUUCAAAAUUACCUGAAUUAGGAUUAGAUCGUUUGGUGGUAGCAGGCUUGUACAUGUAUAGUACUGGUCUACAUGUUUUCUUACCUUCUCAGUAUUAUGGUAGGCAAUAGCACCUUGAUAAGUAUAUUGCUAAAAUCAUGGCAAAUUUUGUGUCAGAUUGCAAGAUUUGAUAUAUAUAAUCUUUUGGAU